UACCUAAAUUAUAGAUUCAAAUAUUAAUUUCAAGUAAAUAGAAUUUGUCUGAGUCUGUAGAAUGUUCUGUAUGUCCACAUGGCAUUAGCAUGGACGUUAGCUAGCCCUUUUUUAGGUGUUUGCUUAUUAUAUGCUUAAGAUCUCAACCUUGCUCAUUUUGACCCUAUUACACAUUUAAGAGUAACAGUGUUGAGUAACAGUAACAGGAUUAAAUGUGUUUUGGUUUGUAGAAUAUAAUAGAUAUGUAUGAAUUAUAAAUUACUCAUAAACAACUGAAAACACUGAGUUAUUUGCAAGUUAUAUAAGCAGAAGGGUUACACAAUAGACUUUAGUGUAAAAAUGCAUAGCAUUAAUGAAACUAAUCCAGCAUUAAGUGCUGCAGAGUUACAGAGAUGUUAGAGCUACUAUAUAUACUAUAAUAUACUUAAAUUAUUUUAUUAUAACUUACACCAUAACAGAAAACUCUAUAUAACCUGGAUUAUGGACCAGGAAGACUGAGCAGUUACUUUUGAGAUUGCUUCAAGUUGAAAAAUAAUGGAUUGCACCCUAAGUGCUUUGAGAAAAUAUAAAUCUUUGUCAAAUAUACAUAUUUAGAUCUUUGUUAAAUUUCAUGUUUUUUUCCUAAGCAUUCCAGACCUGUGUGUGUGUGUUUACAGUUCUACAACACCAGAGGUCGCUCUGAGAGCUCCAGUCAUCUCACAGCUCUGCAUUCCCAGGAAUGCAGUAGCCAUUUUGAGAGGGAAAUACACAGAAAAUGAAGGCUGUACUCCAGCUGUGCGCUCCAGAAGAGGCUGUUCACUGGCUCUGUGAAGGCAGGUCCAGCUCAACAAAAUCCUGGGUACAAGUUAAAAGAAGACCUUAAGAAUGAGAGUGAGUUCCAAUACAGUCUUCUUAACAAUGGAGACCGAAGAAGUGGCAGGACCAGUAGAGGAAGAUGAAGCAAUUGGCUCCUCAGGAUGUUCACAGAACCCCACAUGACCAAAGGCUAGCUAAACUAGCGACCACUCUGCAUCAAUGGUAGACAAGGAGCAAAUCAAACACACUGCAGCCAUAGUGCUGGGUUGCUUGGAGUCAGUGUCCUCCUUCGCCUCAACCUUCAACCCUCUGUUUGGUAUCGUCACCACACUGGUUGGUGCAGCGAGGAAAGGCUUGGUGGAAGAUGACACCCACAAGCUGGAGAAGGACUUCCAGCAAAUUCAUGACAAGUUGGAGAGCAUCUCUGUGCAGAACAAAAAGCUGCUGGACCAGAUCCACAUCGCUGAGAUCAACACGAACUACGGCCAGUUGGAAAAGAACAUCGAGACCCAGUACAAAGCCUUCAAGAACAUGGUAGACAGCAUCAGGAAGAACCCCGCGAAAAGUGAUGGUUAUAGAGAGGAUUUCAAGAAAAUCUACAGAAAACAAAAAGGUCGCCUGAAUUUGAAUGCAUACUAUGAUGCCGUCAUGGAAGAGCAUGGUCCAUUCGGGAGGCCACUACUGAAAUAUUACCUAGAGCAGUCCGAGAGGAACAGCAAGUUUAUGGAGGCAAAAUGCGCUCAUCUGACCUACCUCUUCCACAUCGGCCUCAUAGCUCUGAUGGCCUACUAUGUAGUCACUGAGGAUGAUGAGGAGGAGUUCCAGGAAGAAUGGGGCAAAAAGGUCUUCAACAUUCAGACCAAGAUGCAAGAAGUCCUGGCUGAGUGUAGCGAGAAGUGAUGCCAAAUUCUGUUUCUGAAAUUUUGUUAAUCCACAGCUGUCUUAGUUUCUUCUGCAUGUGAGAACACUAUUUUUUCUUCCUGUAUUCUAUCUAUGCUUUUUUUUUAAUUAGAUUAGCACUUAAAAUUCCACUCUUUUUUUUAUUUUCUACCAAUUAUUCAACAUCUUAUAUGGCUGUAUAUAUCAAUAUCAGUAUUGCUGAAUAUAUAGUAAAGCUGUAGACAUAUUUGUGUAUUAUCAGUGUUCUUCAUUUUAACAGUUUGUUGAAUCUUGGACCAUACUGUUUCAUUGAGUUUUAUUUUACUGACUAUUAGCUUGGAAAAAAGGUGUGUUGUUUAAUCACAUUAAGCAGUCCCUGAAAUAUUUAAAAUGCUAACAAUUUAGAUGAAAUCAUUAUUAAUAUGGUCAUUGUAAAAGUCCCAGGAUGUCUAUUUUAAAGACUUGUAGCUCACGCCAUGCUUUUCAGGUACUCAACACAGAUCAAUAUGCAAGUGAGCGUGUUUUGCAGCAGUAGGCUAGUGACAUCUGCAGGCUUUACAAAGAAUUACAUUAGCAUGUUAUACCUGGAAAUGCUUGCAAUACAAUCUACCCUCGUGGAUGACCCUGGCUGUCAUUACAAGAAUUAAAAAUCGUGUCUUACAUAGUUUUUUCACAAACCUGAAUUUUCCCUUAUUAUCCCUAUAUUAUUAAUUAUCCCUAUAUCCCAUAUAUCUGUAUGUUAUACAUUAAAAACACACAAAGUAUCUUAUAAUUCUCAGGCUCCUCUUUACCCAGUGACUGACGUUCUCUGGAUGUCUUCCUCUAUGCAGAGAUGAGGUUGUGCCAUGUUCUUUCUAUAAAAAAAAAAAAAGAAAUUUAUGAUGAAGAUGAACGGAUAUUUUUAGGAGAUCCUGACUGAUCUCCUUUUUUGCACAGGUACAGUCAUAUGCACAGGUACAGUCAUAUGCAUACUUUUUUUGCACAGGUACAGUCAUAUGCAAACUGCUCUGUCCAAAUUCCACAUUUUAUUGAUUUUUGAAGUGAUAUGACGCAAGCCCAAAUGCUAUCACUAACUAUGACAAACGUUUUUAUGCAAAUGUUAAUGCUGAGUUAUUUCAUAGAGAGGAACUAGAAAAAGGGAAUUUAAAGCUGGCAGUAUGUCUAAUUCAAUUCAAUUCAGUUCAUCCAAUAGGUGAGUCCAAGCUUUAACUACAUUCUAAACAACCUUCACUUUGUUUUCAAAAAUGCAACAUGUAAUAUGAUUUUAGGAAAACACAAAAUACUAUUCUCUGUGUAUUAAACCACACCAGUCCCUGGCCUAUUACUCAGGGCAGUGUAAUGAGUCAGCAUCACAAGCCUGUGCAUACGCCACACACAGCAUCUGCUUCCUUCCUCUCUCGGGUUACACUGUGUUCAUUGGUGGAUGAGUAGAGGCUGAGCAGGAAGUGGAUAAAGAAGACCAAGAGAAUGCACAAAAGCAGAUGUAGGAGGUGCUAGCAAUUGCCUUCCCCAUACACCCAGGCCUCUCAGUGUUUUCCACAGCAGGCUAUCCCACAUUACAUAUUCAUUUCAGUUUAUUUUAUUUUUAGACGUGUAGCACUUUUAACAACGGACCUGAAAUCCGGAUAUACAUUUAGAUCCCUAAUAUGAGCAAGACUAAAACUAUGAGUUGCAAAGAAAAACUCUGUAAGCCUUCUUCCUGCCAUGAUAAAAUCUUGAGAAGAACCAGAUUCAUUAGGGAAGCCAUGUUCUCUCUGGGAAACACUCGAUAGUGCGAUUAUGAGUUAUUGAACUUCCACAACACCUUGCUGUACAGUCUAACAGUCUAGAAUGUGCUGAAUGGCCUUCGGUAUAAAUAUCAGAGUCAUUCCAGUCCCUGUGUACAUUUGGACUAAAACAUAACGUUAGAAAGAGUGGAUUAAUAUAAACCUGUGACAUGCAGCUGCACUACUGUCAAAACUGCUAUUCUGCAACAGGUUCAGUUAAUAUCCCUGUUAGGAUGUUAAACGUGAACGAUUGUAUGAAAAAAACAUUGAGAUGACACUUGAUCUGGAUUGCAUGUGGUUCUUCCAAAUUUAGAUUUAACAAACAUAUUGCACAUAAUGAGACACGGUAAGGAUCUACCCACAUCAUUAAUCUCUGAAAGAUUUGUGAUUGCAUGAAAUAGCAUUCUAUUCAUACUUGUGGCAUAUCAUCUGGUCUCGGCAUGUUUCCUCCGAAUUAAUAUUUAGAAAAUGAAAUGUAAUAUUUCACAUAAAGCAGAUAUGGUUUUUUUCAGGUAACGAUCAUGUAAUUACUUGUAAGUGACGCUUGAAAGCAUUGAUGUAGAAAAGGCCUGAGGCUAAUUCCCACUAAUUCCCAUGCUACUGCUACUUCACUUUUGCCACCUGCUUAAGCCUGUCUGCUGACAAAUGUAGUCGGGAUCUACAGUAAAGGUACAAACAAAUCAGCAUGAGCUACUUUUUCAUUAGGAAUGAUUUAUUUACUUCACUGAAACUGAGCAGCAGCAUGUCAGGAAAUGUUUAGCCUUUCAGAUCUCUUGCUAAUUAGCAUUUUAUUAACCCACAGAAUGCCAAAGAAAACACAACAAACCUGCUCGUCUAGCUUAACCUAGGCAGGGUAAAUUUAAGGCGCUUUUACUUUUACUUUCAAAAAUAUGUUUGCUACUAUUUGGUAAUUCUAAAAACUCCGCUCUCACUGCAGAGAAUUUUUGGGAGGUUUUCCGGAGGAAAAAACAUUUCACUGGCCCAGGGCAUUUGGUAAUGUUGUAAACCACAAAGCAGAGAGGAAGCGUUUGAAUGGGGCACAGUUCCCGGAUGUUACCCAUCCCUCUCUGUGAGGGUGGAGGAGAUGGAACCCGUCCAAAGUGGGAGUGCCACAUGCAGCGGCUACAAAUACGCACCGAGCCAAGGCAUCUGCAGCUCAUCAGCACCACUGGACUUCACUGAAACACCACAGAGGGCACCGCUGCACUUUUCACCGUCUAACU